AAUGACAUCCAGUUCGGCUGCUUCAUCCUCCACCACCACCUCGUCGACAAUGAUGCCUGACGAGAAUGAGUGCCUGAAGAAGGAAGAGGAAAGAUUCAAAUCCCCCGAUCCAGCACCAACACUUGAUGAAGAAGUAGACAUUGACACACUUCCAUCAAUGCUUGAAGAUGAUCCAAAUGGAAAUGUUGUCGAGUGUGAUUUGGGAUUCAAAGGGCCUCGAUGGGGUCCACAGCAUGCCGGGGCGAAGAAGUUGGCUUCCAUGUAUAGCAAAGAAAAGCGUCUCCAAGAGAAAGUGUCAUUGUUUGCCGCAAUUUUUCUAUUUUCCAUUGUUUUUAUCAAUCUGCUUCUCAGCUGGGAGUCAUCUAUAUGGGUGUCUGUACUAGUUUCGGCAGUGCUCGGCAUAAUGACAGCCGACUUCGCAUCAGGACUUGUUCAUUGGGCAGCUGAUACAUUUGGAAGUGUUGAGACAUGGUUUGGACGGUCUUUUAUCCGACCUUUCCGAGAGCAUCACGUCGAUCCAACUGCAAUUACUCGACAUGAUAUAGUUGAAGUGAAUGGUGAUAAUUGUAUGCUUUGUGUAGGACCACUUUUAUGGAUUCUGUAUCAACAAAUGACUUAUCAAAGGGAUGCUAUCACACAAUGGGCAACUUUUCAUUGGUACAUCUUGUUGUUGGGGAUCUACGUUGCGUUGACUAAUCAGAUUCACAAAUGGUCGCAUACAUAUUUCGGGCUUCCAACAUGGGUUGUUUUCCUGCAGAAAGCUCAUAUUAUCCUGCCAAGAAGUCAUCAUAAGAUCCAUCAUAUUUCGCCUCACGCCUGCUACUACUGUAUCACGACCGGAUGGCUCAACUGGCCAUUGGAGUAUAUUGGAUUCUGGCGUAAAAUGGAGUGGGUGGUGACCACAGUGACCGGUAUGCAACCACGAGAGGACGAUUUGAAGUGGGCCACCAAGUUACAGUAACCCCCCGCCUGCCUUCUCGCCUACAGUACCCCAAAUCAUUGAUCUCAUCUCAUAUGUCUACUUGCGCUAGAUACUACCAUCAAAUAUGCACAUUUUCAUGCCUAAAUUCGAUUUUAUCUGCAAUUUCUGAGUUUUUCCCUCGUUUCCCUUAUAAAUGUGAUUUUGGCUUUUUCCUAACAAAAUUUCAAUUUUUCGAAAUUUAAAAUUUAUUUUGAAAUUGGCAAUUUUUUUGCAAUAAAAAAAAACAU